UGGCAUCAUCCAUCUCUAGUUAGCGCGUGUGAAGCUAAUAAAUUUUAAUUAUGGAUUUCGUUACCGCUAUUUCAACGGGUGCGGAAACUAAGUAUAUUGUCGAGGAGUACUCCCAUGCAUUUCUAAAAGCUGUUACCGGGAGUCCCAAAUUUUGGCGAGCUAAAAUUGCCCAUCAGUUUGUCGGGCAAAUCUUUCAAGCAGUCGGUCUCAAUUUCAAUGUGAGCGUGGCGGAUUUCUAUAAGUCGCAGGAUCAUCCAUAUCGUAAUGAUAAUGCGAAUUAUAUAUUUCAACCUGUGGCCUCUGUUCUGGCGGGCUUAGAUGAAUUUUUGGAACAGUUGCCAACAUUGCUAGCCCUUUAUGGCAGACAACUGGCGGUUAGCUUAGGAGUGCUCCAAUCGACAUCGUCUAGGCGUUUUUUCGAGUUAACUCGUCCAUUACCAUGCUACUUACAAGUUGUUCUUACCUGGACCCGCAUGGUUCAUAGCAUUUGUGGUGCUAUUGACCUGCAAAAAGAUGUGACUGUGGAUAGGUUUCUUUGUGAGCCAAUGGCUAGAAUAUCUUUCAGCAUUCUUCGCGGUCUAGUUAAGGAACUACGCCUUCAUAGCGAAGAUACACCAGGUCUAAAAGACCUGUGCCUUACCUUAAAUAUCUAUGUACGCUACGGCAUAUUAUUUGAGGCCACCAAACGGGUUGUACUAAUGCCCAUGCUAGAUAUUUUCCGUGACCAUUUUACGACAUUUCUGGAGGACAUGUCGGCUCUUACAUUUAUUUAUUAUACUUUUUGUGUGCAGAUGCCCAACAAGGAGGAAUACUAUGUGGCGUGCUAUCGAUUCCUUGAAGAAAGAAUUGAGGAAUUUGCCCGAAACCAGCAAUGCGAUCAGUAUGGAAAUCUAUAUUUGCGCAUUAUGAUUAAUGAAUUGAUAACAGACAAGUAUCUAGUCAUACAAUUCGAGACACUGCAGAAGAGUACAUCGAAGCCACUGCUUUUGGCCACUUUACGUUAUAUAAUGACGCUGCAAUGUCAUGUAGCUAGUCUGGAGUUAAUUCCUCAACGCAUGGUGCAGGAGUUACUUUGCUUAAUCCUUCGCUUGCCCAUAUCUUCCAAUGCUGUUAUCGCUCUGGCUGCCGAAUUGUAUGUAAAAAUGGCUCAACGUCUGUUCUAUGAGCGUGAUAUUGUUGUGCACAUACUUGAGACAUUUGCCAAGGUUGGGCGGCACAAGAGCUACCAAAACUUUAAGUCCGAUUUAACGCGUUUUCUCAGCUGCUUAAUACCACAUUUUGCAAGUCUAAAACGUUUUGAGUUCUAUAUGCAUAUACUUCGCAUGCCAUCUCAGGCAGUGCCAUUGGAACUAAGCCUACUGGCGGCUCAAUCGAUAUUAGUGCUUCUGGAAGUGCACAAAAGUCAAUAUGCUACCUCCGAGAUGGCCAUUGAAGAAAUCGACGCCUUGCUGAGCAAUUGGCCGCAUCUGUUAGAGAGUCAACAACCACAGACACGAGCAGUGCUUUACAGUGUGUAUAAACGAAUUGAUUUCUGUUCUGUUGCCGUCCAUAACGAUGAGUUGCUCGGCACCUUGGAGAACUUUGUACUAGAUAAGUUUCUAAAUGACAAUUCACUUACUGAUAUUGAAUUUCAUGGACUAUAUGAGUCACUUUCGCUUUCGGCUCAGGCCACCGGAAAUUCGCAGCUACAUAAAGUCGCUGAAAGAGAAUUAAUGGUUGAGUGUGGAAUGCUGCAUUUUCACCUUGAAGGGGUCCACAUCUUACCCCGUAUUUAUACUCUUCUUCGAAACAAUAAGCUAAGUGUCAGCUUAGUAAAUAAUGCAUAUGGAACAUUGGCAGUUGAACUAAUGGAUAAACCGAGACCUAUUGAAAGUCUAACUCAUUAUGGACCUGAAUGUUUGGCCUACAUGUUGAUAUUACUACUCAAUAACCCGAUUAGCCAAGCUACAGAGGAAAGCGUGUUUCGUUUAGUUUUGAAACUUUCUGACUAUUGUAUAACUGAGCUAUCUGCUACAAACGAUGUGAAAAAGAUUAAGGGACUGUUCUGUGCCUUUCAUCUAUUGCAUCUUGAGUUGGUUAAUGUUGGCCUACCACUACCAGCCUCUACCUAUGAAAUUCUAUUAGAACAGCUAUCUAAGGCACUCGUGGUUAAGAAAGUACGCAGCGAAAAUCUUGUUUACAUAUAUUAUAAACAGAUGCAUCGUUUGUUUCGUGAGUUACAUGCCUGUAAAGAAGUUAUCUUGCCAAACCAAAGGAUUUGGAAGGUUCUGAUGCCCUACAAAAUGACACCUCCAUUACUUGAUUUGGUUAGUCCGGAGUUGGAGAAACUAAUAGGGACACUAAUUUCUCAACGCGUUGAUAUCUAUACGCACUCCUUUGCCAUUAUCUUGUUGCACAUUUCUGACGAUGUUCCGGCAAAAAAAUAUAUUUCAGCUGCCAUAAAUGCUCAUUUGCAACAAAUUGCAAUUGGGGCUAGCGCAUUCGAUGCUUGGCAUAUUCGUUUUUACUCUUUUCUAAUAGUAUUACAGCUUUUGUAUAAAAAUUUGACUAUACAACGACCAGAUGCAGCGAAUCCACGUCAACGCAAUCGUGUAAUGCCGCUGCAAUAUAUCUUGCAGCUAGUGCAACCAUUGCGCCUCGAAGAAUUUCAUUUUAAAGAAAUGUCACGAUGGAUUUAUAAUAUAAAAGUGCAGGCCAUGUGGCCUAGCGAGAAGCAGCACAUGGAUUCCUUUCUUGGGGAGCUCAGUACAUAUAAAUACGCUUGUGAGGAUGAGAUAAUAGCAUUACAAUUAAAUCCGAAUUCGAUAGGUAAAUUAAUGCCACUACCAGCCGGUUCUUUGGACUUGUGGCAAAUCCAUUUGCUGAAUAGCGAAGCAAACAAUUAAAUCAUAGUGGCAAUUGGCGCCUUUCUUCAUAUGAAUGUUAAGUAAUAUUUUGGUUCAAUUUAAAUUUCUCUUAAA